AUGAACGAACCGAGUAGAAAACGAAUCGAACGACCACAAUUUCAUGUCAGGGACAGUUCUUUCGAUGGAACUUUUAGUGGCUCGGGAAUUGCAGAGGUCGACUGGGUGAAAGCAGAACGGGGACCGGAACAAAACGAGGAUUCAGUGGACGUGGAGGUAGAGUUUUGCCUAACUCCAGUCGCCAAACCUGUGGUGCCGGUGGUGGCGAUGGCGAUGGCGGUGGUGGUUCGAUUGGCUAAAUUAGCAUAA